CAGCGGACAGCGACGCUCACGAACCUCGCAGGACACCGCAGCCAGCCGCGCCGGCGCCAGCAUCCAGCUCGGAGAAGAAACGACAGAUCAGCGCACCGGCCGGGAUCAAUGGUGGUGCUGCGCGGGUUGCCGUCCGGUGCUUCCAGCAGGCGCUCAUUGUGACACGAGAGUUUAUUCCAAAAAAGAUGCCCUCACCCCGAGAAUCUCCGCCAGAGGAGGCGGCCACCCCCGCAUGCAGUGACUGUGCCACGCCCCCGCCAGAGGCGGACGCCGACCCAGACGACGGGCGUCUCUUCAAUGCCACCACCCGAAAUGCCAGGGGCGCCGCUGACAACCACAGCCGGCAGGGCGGGCGCGGCCAGCAGCAGAGUUCGAGCAGCUGCUCGCCGUGCUCGACGCCCGUGGAGUCCCGCGGCAGCCAGCGGCAGGGGGCGCUGCGCAGCGCGCGCUCCACGCCGGGGGACCUGGGGUGCGCGGCGUGCGGCGCGUGCGGCGCGUGCGGGGCGCGCCUCCACCCGCAACUGCAGCCGCCCCCGCUGCGCAGCGCGCGCUCAUCCCCCGCCGACGUCAGCGGCGGCCGCCCCCAGCAGCAGCAGCCGCCGCCGCGCAGGCCGCACGCCGGCCGGCCCGCCUCCUGCCCCGAACACACCAGCGCCGCACCGCCGCCGGCCUCCAGGCCCGCGACGCCGACGCCCGCAGGCGGCAAGGAAGCGGCUUGGCAGCGACAGGUGCCGCUGCUCAAGUCCGUGUCGCACGCGUACAUCGCGACGGCGCGCCUGCAGCAGCAGCUGCAGCAGUACCACCACCAGCAGCCGGCGCAGAGCCAGCCCGACAGCAGCGGCAGCAGCCGGCUGGGGGGCGCCGCGCCGCUGCCCUACCCGCCCCCCGCCUGGAGGGCGCCCGGCUCCAGCCUCGACCGGCCCGUCGUGCUGGAGAACUGCACGCCGCUGCCGCCCUACAGAGCCUGCCACUGCGGGAGGAUCAAGGGAGGCGGCGGCGGAGAGGACUCGAGCACGGUGUGUGGGACGUACGACGGCGAGGGCAUCACGGCGGAAGGCCUGUCGUGGCGCCGACUCCACAUGUCGCGCGCCAAGCUCAAGGCCACCGCCACCACCUCGGAGCUGCUCUCCGGGUUCGCCAUGGUGGCGAUGGUGGAGCUGCAGAUCAACGAGCCGACCAAGGUGCCCGAGUGGCUGUUCGUCAUGUUCUCGGUGUGCACCACGGUGCUGGUGGCUGUGCACAUCUUCGCGCUCAUGAUCUCCACCUACCUGCUGCCCAACAUCGACGCCGUCAGCAAACUGCAGGUGCAGGAGCUGGUGGGCGAGUCCCCGCACGAGCGCAUGCGCGGCUUCAUCGAGCUGGCGUGGGCCUUCUCCACAGUGCUGGGGCUCUUCCUGUUCCUGGUCGAGGUGGCCAUCCUGUGCUGGGUCAAGUUCUGGGACUACUCGUUCACGGCCGCGUGGGCCGCCACCGUGAUCGUGGUGCCCGUGCUGAUCGUGUUCGUCGCCUUCGCCGUGCACUUCUACCACAAGCUGGUCGUGCACAAGUGCGAGAGCUCCGUGGCCGACAUCCAGGAGCUGGAGGCCAUGAAGCAGCAGCUCGACUCGGCCACGCUGGCCCACUCCAAGGUGUGAGGGAGGGGCGGCCGGACGCUACCCUAACCUGCCAAGCGCCUCGGAGCUGUGACGUUAUUUUGCAUCUGCUGCACCCUACUCGUCAGAGAGUUUAGCCGUUGGAGGACGCAUCGCGGCACAAAUGCGUGAAACAGAAACAAAAGUUUAACCAGUGAAUGCGGAUACUUGAAACGAUGCAAGGCUGUGAGAUGUUACUGACUGUGUCGAGUGACAAUGUCGGAAGAAGAAAUGAGCACGGAAGACGCGAAGGCACGAAACCCAGUCGUUUUGACUUCCCUAGAUUGCGAUAACGCUCGCGACAGCAGUAAUAGUGUUGUCAAGCCACUAACAGGGUAACCAAAAUCGCACGUUAGCGCGUCCAGGAAUCUAGUACCAUGUCAAGUCUCGCAUCAGCCUGACGAGCAAUAUGUAGGAAAUAUUCUACACAUUGCACCUCAAACGACGAUUUUCUGUAGACGGCAGUUUCUCUCCUCGUGCAAGCUCUGAAAUUCCAAAAUAUCUUCCGUAUGCUACAUUAAUGAACUUUUAUAAGGCGAGAGCAUCCCUUAUGGCGGGAUAGGGCGGUGGGCAGACAGGGCCGCAUAACUUCAGUAAUCACAGAUGUUUUGCGCUUACGAGAAAUCAUCUCUUUCCCUACCUACUCUAUCGCUCAGCUUCACUUUCACUGUUUGUGUAGUCCAAAUACGGCGACUUCGAUUUGACAGUCUACGCGUCGAAAGAAGUUAAUGAAGACCUGAAAAGAAUGUGUUGACAUAAAGCCAUUCGAGGCUGAAUGUCGAUGUAAGUUAUUCACGAACAUAAAUUUCACUGAAAAGCCAACCUGGAAGAAUACAGCACGAUCUGAUAAAUGCAAAAAAAGGUAAAGUGGAAAGAUGAAGAAAGAUUGCGAGGUUAAAGCGCGGAAGAAAUUCAAACACGCCCAAUCAACUGAGCACAAUAAUAAAAAAUCGAAGGUUUAGUACCUACAAUGAUAUUUCGAAGUACGCCAAUAUUCAUGAAUUCACAUUCAAUGCACAAAGUUCAACAUUGCGUCACCGUGUUCUGGCUCAAUUGCAGUGUGUGAUCGAUUCUUUGUCAGUUUGAUGAGAACAUUAUGUUGAGGACAGAGUUAAAGCAUUUAGCUGUAUACCGUCCGUACUGUGAAGAAUUAUAGCCUCUCCUAAUGAUGGCUCAAACCACAAGCUGAUUACGAAUAGCUAACACUGACCAGAACGCUAAGAACAUUGAUCUCGUUCUUAUCGUAGUAUCUAUCACUUCUUCAUGACGGUAGUUUCAAUGGUUUUCUGUGGAGUGGAAAGAAGUCUGUGUCAAAUUUGAGAUGCUGUGCUAGUAAUAACGCACAGUGUAUUAACUCGCUUUGAUGUAAAUGCUUCUCGUGUUGUGAAUUUUCUAACGCCGUCGCUUGAUUCAUAAUACGUCCGAUAUUGCCGCAUCUCAGGGAAACUGCAUUUUGCCGACAGUUUUGCUACUAGUUUCCGUAUUGCUAGACUAUUUGUUUCUGUGCAUGUGCAGACAGUUGUAGCUUUAGAAAUCUGUGGUUUAAAGUGUUUUUCAAGUGUGACAGCUACACACAUCUCUGGGUAACAGCCUCAAAUAGACAGUGAAAACGCGCAGGAUGGUAAGCUGUUGUGACCAGCUGUCAGUACACUCCUGUCCUCCUAGUCACCCGCCGUAGCAGUGCAGUUUGUCCUCCUCCACAGAACUAUUCGAGGACAAACUCGUCACUCAAUGCCGGACCAAGUACGGCUGUGCUUUUUAGGACCAGGUACCAAAGAUCUGUACUUCGAUACAGUAUUUUCAUCCAUAAGAUGGUGGAAAUCACAAAAGUAUGCGUUUGUAGAGCAUAACAACGGCCGCUUCCCCUGCCGUGUGUUGUGGAAUACAGUUUUGCAGAGGAUGUUCCUAAAGGUUUCGCCGUUGCUGUGAUAUCGAAGCCAGUGAUGUUAGUGUGUACCUGAAAGGAUGCAAGCCACCGUGCCUCAGCUUGGUGUACUUAUUUGGGAGAACAAUGUAUAACCGCAGUAGAACCAAAGCCUAUCAUAUUCUAAAAUAUCGAACAUGAAAGAACGCCACAAUUGUGUAAAACAAUAACGGUAAAAAAAAUUAGCGUAUCUAUGUAAAUACAUGUGAUCACAAAAUAAAUAUUUAUAUGUUUGCUUACUGUAUUGUUGAAAUAAUAAAGAUAU